ACGACUUUUACUUGUCACUGUCACGUUCACGUGUAACAAAUACGUCAUAUCCAAACCUAGUCACUUUGGAUCACUCUCGAUCGACUUGGGGCCGAUUGAAUCGAACCCCCCUCGUGGCGUUAGCGCGUCCACGUAUGCGACGGACCUUAAAGGCAGCGCGAGGCAUGUCAUAAACGGCAAACCCGGGGGAGGUUGGUGGUGCGUUUGGGGCCAGUGAGGCGGUACCUUGCGAGCGUCCUUCACUCUGCGGUGCCAGCGAGCUCUUCGGAACAGAAAUGGCGGAGGGCGAGUUGGAUGUGGACUCGUUGAUUUCCAGGCUUUUAGAGGUGCGAGGAUGUCGUCCGGGCAAGAUCGUCCAGAUGACGGAGGCCGAGGUGCGGGGCCUUUGCAUCAAGUCCCGGGAGAUUUUCCUCAGUCAGCCCAUCCUUCUGGAGCUGGAGGCACCGCUCAAAAUCUGUGGUGACAUCCACGGGCAGUAUACAGACCUGCUGAGGCUCUUUGAGUACGGCGGCUUCCCCCCAGAGGCCAACUACCUGUUCCUAGGCGACUACGUGGACAGGGGAAAGCAGUCCUUGGAGACCAUCUGCCUGCUUUUGGCCUACAAGAUCAAGUACCCCGAGAACUUCUUCCUGCUGCGGGGCAACCACGAGUGCGCCUCCAUCAACCGCAUCUACGGCUUCUACGACGAGUGUAAGCGCCGGUUCAACAUCAAGUUGUGGAAGACCUUCACCGACUGCUUCAACUGCCUGCCCAUCGCCGCCAUCGUGGACGAGAAGAUCUUCUGUUGUCACGGAGGUCUGUCCCCCGACCUGCAGUCUAUGGAGCAGAUCAGACGUAUCAUGAGACCCACAGACGUGCCAGACACAGGCCUCUUGUGCGACCUCCUGUGGUCGGAUCCAGACAAGGACGUACAGGGAUGGGGCGAGAACGACCGCGGCGUCUCAUUCACGUUCGGAGCCGACGUGGUCAGCAAGUUCCUCAACCGGCACGACCUUGACCUCAUCUGCAGAGCCCACCAGGUGGUAGAAGACGGUUACGAGUUCUUUGCGAAGAGGCAGCUGGUGACGCUCUUCUCAGCUCCCAACUACUGCGGAGAGUUUGACAACGCCGGCGGCAUGAUGAGCGUGGACGAAACCCUGAUGUGCUCCUUCCAGAUCCUGAAGCCUUCCGAGAAGAAAGCCAAGUACCAGUACGGCGGCAUGAACUCCGGCCGGCCCGUCACUCCUCCCCGCACAGCGCAGCCGCCAAAGAAGCGGUGAAGGACGACAGAAGACGACCAGCCUCAAGGGCGCCUGCUUCUCACGGCACACAAUUCCAUCAACUGUUUUGAAAAGAAAAAGAAAAAGAAAAAGGAAAAAAAAAGACACACCCCAAACAGUUUUUCUUUAUGUCCCACUGCACUGCCUUUCAUUGGCCCCGAUUUUCCCCAUUGCAUCCAUGUAACCUUCAAACAUUAAACAUGACAAUUAUACAAAAUGGAGUCCUUACUGCAUUUGGUCUUUUUUGUUCACAUGCAUACGCACUGAGACACAAGAUGGACAUAGUGCAACUUAAGAUUGUAUUGCUAGUUAUGAGUAGGUUUAUCUUAAAAUACCAGAAUAUAAUUCUUUGUGUAAAAAUACACUACUUUUGGCUACCUAUGUUAACUGGUUGUAAAAUCUUGCCAAGUCAAAUUUCACUCUGCAAAGAAAUUUUUUUCAAGCCGUUUUUGAAUGUACCCAAUGUGUUGAGUCAACAACAGACGCACAAGCUGGAACCUUUUUAAGCCCUUUAUUGUGGUUUCCCAUGUGUAUUACGCUCAAGGUCUGUCCAAUAAAAAUGUAAAGUACACACAAACAGUGCUGCGAGUGCAAUGGCAAGUAUUUUAAAAGUGUGCUGAAGCAGCGACGCAGUAAACGUGGAUUUGUUGCUGAUGCACAUUCUUAAACUGACUUCUGAAAUGCUUAACACAAGGGCCAUCACCCCCCCCCC